CUCUCGCCAACCACGCCUCACGUCUGAUGCCCGUGGUGGUGGUGGUGGUGGUGGUGGUCAGCGUCAGACAUGGCAACAGCAAUCUAAGUCAUCUAUUAAGAGUCAUAAAUUAGUGGUUAGUUAGUUAAAGGGGGGGUGGGCUGCCCUCGAAUGGAAUGCAUAGCAAGGUUAGGCAAUGGAUGGAUGGAUGGAUGGAUGAAUGGGAUGAAAUGGGCAGCAUCGCGUAAUGGAUUAAUUAACGCUGACACGACAGUCAUCGUUGUUCUCCUCACAUCAGCGUGGCCUGGGUCGGCAUAUACAUUCAGCAUACAGCAUACAGCAUACCUCGCGUGGGGAGGAUGGCACUCACUUGUUAAUCAUCUCAUACACCAUCCCAUACACCAUCUCAUCCCCUUACACACAUCUAUCUCAUCUCAUCUCAUCUCAUCCCAUCCCUCCCUCCCCUACAAAACUCCCCUUAGCCCACCUAUCCAGUCGAGCCGAUCCCAGCCCAGUCCAUCCCCGCGCCGCAGCACAACAUGGAUGCCACCUAAUUACCUCCUCCCCUUACGUGCUAAUUACCCACUGUACUGUACCGUAGUAAGCAACGCUGCAGCCAACCUCAGGCUGAACCUAUCUUAGCCUCCUGCACGUCGUUCUUUUUAUACUACGCGCUUUGCUUGCUCGUCGAUGUUUGCUGUCGUACUGUGCGCGCUUGACUGCUUGAUUGA